AUAUGUGAACAACUUUUCCGAGAAUAAUUUUCGAUUAAACGGUUGCUCACAUCAGUCACUCGUUUAGGUGAACAAAAUUUAAAAAAAAAAUCGAAUAAUGGAUACUAAUUCCUCCCGGAUUUCAUCGAACUUCGUUGAACUACAAAGUGACCGAGCUCCGCAACAUUUGGAAACCAAUGGAUCCAGUAGGUUCCCUCGACGCCGGAGCCGUGUUGUUGAGCCGCUUUUGGGGCAGCCUGGCGGACGAGAUGACCCCAACAGAAAAGGAUUAAAUGGUUCGUGCACGAAAUGGUACAUACGCUAUCUAAAGCAAGGGUUCGCACCAGCCAUAGCCCGAAUGAAAGCGCUGGAGCAUCGUCAAGGUGCCAACGAUAUUAAUAAGGGAACUUUAGGGACUGCUCGAAAGCGAUCGAAAAGUCCGUUGGAGAUCUCUCCUAAAAAGGCACGUUCUUGCGAACCCAAGAGAUCGGUCGAAAAUAGGGUACCGAAUCCAGAAAAAAAUGUAAAAGUAGUAGUUAUCCCAGUUGGGUACCCAAAAGAAGUUCUCGCACCCGAAGAUCUCCCGAAUUUGGAAGAGGCCAUUUUGAUGCAGAUCGCUAAAGGUUCGGACGUCGCAUUGCGCCUUGACGGCAUUAAAUUUCAGUCAGGAUACUUGGUUGUAGAUUGUCAUGGAGAGAUGCCAGCUAAUUGGCUGAUGAGAGAGAUUCCGAAGCUAUCUACUUGGAAAGGAAAACCUAUAGAAGGGCAACUUGGCGAUGAGUUUCCCUCAAUGCACAACAUUUCCUUGUACUUGCCAAAUAGUGCUAAUAAGUCUGAGGAAUUUCUCCUCAGCUUGAUUCGCAACCAAAAUAUGUUGUGCACAGACACUUGGAAGGUAUUGUCACAAAGAAAUGAAGGAAACGACUGUCACUUAACCAUUUGCGUCAAUAACCGGACUAUGAAGCAGAUAGCCGCCAAAGAAAACAAGCUGUGGUUUCGCUUCGGCGCCAUUCCAGUAAUUGAGGAGGAAGUUCAAGACGACCCAAUCCUACCUGAAACUGAAACUGAUGCGCCCAUUCAAAAUAAUGAAUUUGAUAAGGACGAAGAACCCAGCGUCAUUUUGAUAAACAGUAACACUGUCAUUGAUUUAUCAGAUUAAUCACCAACAUUAUAUUCAAACGCAUACUGUAAACAGUAUAUUCAAGAGCUCCUGGAUUUUUAGAGGACAGCGAGCUAAGGCACUUUCUCCUUCCCAUGUUUCGAUGGUGUGAUACGUGGCCUUAUACAUACCCUACAACACAUCUUUUGUGGAACUUUAACCACCGAUUGUACGAUAUUGUAAUAUAAAUUACUACUGAAGUCGUACAACUUUGAGUUAAGCUCCUUUAUAGAAAAAUAUAUAUUUAUGUCCUUCGGAAAAUCUUUAUGACAUUAGUUCAAUAAUGUGAUUCAACAAGUACAAAACAAGAUUGGAAUCUUAGAGUUGUAAGCAAUUCACCUUG